ACAAAAACAAAAAAAAAAAAAGAACAUUUACAUAACAAGUCAUAAAACGAGAUUGGCCCCCAUCAUACUCACCUGAACCAUUCCCAGCUUCGAGAUGUUGCGAUUAAUGCGUAAUCCGGUUGUCAGCUCCGUUAAAAGCCAUGUCCGUGAAAUUGGCAGCGUGGUCAUGCAGCCAAAGCUGAAAGAUUUCAGCAUCAGCAACGAGCCCAUAUUGGCCUAUAGGAAGGGUUCGCAGGAGCGCGCGGCUUUGAAGGAGGCUCUGAAGACCACGGCGGCAACAUGCACUGAGGUGCCCAUUGUUAUUGGCGGCAAGGAGUACAAGACGGACAAGGUGGUGUAUCAAGUGAUGCCGCACGACCACGCCCACAAGCUGGCUGCCUUCUACUAUGCCGAUAAGAAACUGUUGGAGUUGGCCAUCAAAACGGCUGUGGAGACGCAGACCAAAUGGGAUCGUGUGCCGUUGGCCGAUCGCUUGGCCAUUUGGGAACGGGCCGCCGACCUGAUGGCGGGCAAAUAUCGCCAGGAGCUGAAUGCGGCCACCAUGUUGGGCCAGGCCAAGACGGUCAUCCAAGCCGAAAUCGAUGCGGCAGCAGAGCUGAUUGAUUUUAUACGCAUUCACGCCUACUUCCUUAAGGAGUGCGUCAAGUAUGAGCCCAUCAGCGAGAACCUGAAGGUCACGAAGAACUCUUUGCGUUAUCGCGGCAUCGAUGGCUUCAUCGCCGCAGUCAGUCCAUUCAACUUUACUGCCAUUGGCGGUAAUUUGGCCUACACGCCUGCAUUGAUGGGCAACGCUGUGCUGUGGAAACCCUCGGACACGGCCCUGCUGUCCAAUUGGCGUAUUUUCAACAUAAUGCGCGAGGCUGGCGUGCCCGAUGGGGUUGUCAACUUUGUGCCGGCUGAUGGGCCCGUGUUCGGGGACACGAUUACCGCCUCACCCCAUUUGUCGGGCAUCAAUUUCACCGGCUCGGUGCCUACAUUCCAACGACUAUGGAAACAGGUGGGCGACAAUCUCCCCAAAUAUAUUAAUUUUCCGCGCCUCAUUGGCGAAUGUGGUGGCAAAAAUUUCCACUUUGUGCACGAGUCGGCGGAUAUUGAGACAGUUGUGACAUCCACAAUACGCUCGGCCUUCGAGUACAGUGGCCAAAAGUGUUCAGCCUGCUCGCGCAUGUAUGUGCCCGAGUCCUUAUGGCCGCAGAUCAAGGAAGGACUCUUGCGCGAGAUAAAGCAACUGAAAAUCGGUGACGUUCAGGACAUGGCCACGUUCACAUCGGCUGUCAUCGAUGACAAAGCAUUUAAACGCAUUACAGGCUACAUUGAGCACGCCAAAAAGAGCUCGAAUCUAGAGAUCCUUGCCGGCGGCAAUUAUAGUGAUAGCAAGGGUUACUUUAUCGAUCCAACAAUAGUACAAACCAAAGAUCCCAAGGAUCGGAUUAUGACUGAGGAGAUCUUUGGACCCGUUAUCACCAUUUAUGUAUAUAAGAAUGCUGAUUUGAUGGAGGCCAUGAAUCUGGUGCACACCACAACGCAGUUUGCGCUCACUGGCGCCGUUUUCGGACAGGAUGAAAGCUUUAUCAACUGUGCUUUGGAGGAAUUCAAAAUGGCUGCUGGCAAUUUCUAUAUCAAUGACAAGUCCACUGGCUCCGUGGUGGGUCAACAGCCAUUUGGCGGUGGCCGCAUGUCGGGUACCAAUGACAAAGCUGGCGGACCACAUUAUAUACUACGCUGGACGUCCCCGCAAUCUAUCAAGGAGACGUUUGUGCCGCUGCGCGACAUAAACUAUCCCUACAUGUGCGAAUAAGGGAUAAGACGGAAGCAAAUUAGAAAACGACAGGAAUCUCAUUUAAAACACUAACUCAUAUAUAUGUAUAUAUUUAUAUAAAUAUAUAUA